CUUCCUUUUCACUCUCGCCUGUUCCCCUUCCUUUGCUUUCUCUUAACUUUCCCUCUCCCACUCCCACUCUCUCUCGCUCACAUCUGGAGGGUAUCUGGUGUGGCUGUGUGACUCCUCGCCUGCUAUGGGACAGCCUGUGUUUGGACUGGACGUCAGACUGCAUUGUGUUUCAGCAAACGUUGGUCGGACGGGCCCUUCCACUUGGUGAGGACUGAAGUUUCAGACACAGGAGAGAAGUGACACAGAAUCACCUGUCUUUUGUUGGUGACCCGGAGAGCUCAGCAGUGGACAUGGCCUUUCCCAAGCAUUCCAUCCUGCAGGCCCUGAGUGUGCUGCUCUUGGCCUGGGUGUUGGUGCGUUGCCAGGCCCCGAUCGCACUGGAGGAAGAGGAGGAGGAAGAGCCACUGAAGGAGACCAACAUCGCAACAGUGGUGACGAAAUCAGAGCCUUUUGAAUGUCCGCCCGAGUGCAGCUGUACAGCAGAGGGGGCAGUGGAUUGCGCCGGUGUCGACCUCACAGAGUUUCCCGCUGGGCUGCCGGAUAAAACUCGUCAGCUCUCUCUGCAGAACAACAAAAUCGAGGAGAUAACAGUGGAGCACAUUUCUCAUCUGCAUCAGCUGGAGACGCUCAACCUGCAGAACAACUGGCUCACCACGAAUGGCCUCGAAGAUGAAGGGUUUGAGAUGCUUGAAGAGCUGGCUUAUUUGUACUUGGCAAAUAACAAGCUCACCUCGGCACCGAAAGUCCUCCCACCCUCCUUGGUUAGCGCUGAUUUUGCUGCUAAUCAGCUGACAAGGAUCUACCUAUACACAUUUGGCCAGAAGCCAAAACUGAAGUCUGUGUAUCUCCAUAACAACAAGCUGACUGAUGCAGGACUUCCUGAUCAAAUGUUCAAUGGUUCUGAUAGCCUGGAGAUCCUCACCAUGUCCAGCAACUUCCUGCGGGUUGUCCCGAAGAAUCUGCCCUCCAGCCUUUACCGUCUCCAUCUGAAGAGUAACAAGCUAGAGAAAAUCCCGGCAGGGGCCUUUGACAACUUGCGAAAUCUCAGAGAGCUGUACCUCCAGAACAACCUCCUCAGCAAUGAAGGCAUGGACAACGAGACUUUCAGCCAGCUGAGCAGCCUGGAGUGUCUGGACUUGUCAAAUAACAACCUGAGUGUCGUUCCCAAGGGUCUGCCUCGCAGUCUGGUGCUGCUACACCUGGAGAAGAACUCCAUCCGCAGCAUCCCUGGAGACGCUCUUACUUCUGUCCGAAACCUGGAGUACCUGCUGCUCCAUAAUAACAAGCUCCGCUCCCGCUCCAUCCACCCGGCUGCCUUCAUGGGCUUGAAGAAACUACACACUCUCCACAUGUACAACAACUUGCUGGAGCGGGUUCCCAGGGGCUUACCUAGGCGGGCCAAGACCCUGAUGCUGCUCCACAACUUCAUUGCCGAAAUUGGCCGUAAUGACUUGUCCCUGCUGUACACCCUGACUGAGCUCAACCUCAGCUACAACAAGCUGACCAGCCCCAAGCUGCACCGCGAGGCCUUCAGGAAGAUGCGUGCACUGGAAACUCUGGAUCUAUCAGGGAACAACCUUCAUUCCUUCCCCAUGGGUCUUCCACGCAGCCUGCAGGUGCUUGAAAUCAAGAACAACCAGCUGAACACCAUACCAGACGGUGCGCUGACGGGCAUGGAGAAGCUACGGAAGCUCAUCCUAAGUGAAAACCAGCUGAAAUUGAAUUCAGUCUACCAGGGAGCCUGGAUGGAGCUCGGUGCUCUCACAACACUAGACCUAUCUGGCAACCAGCUGUCACACAUCCCUUCUGACCUGCCUGAGUCUCUGGAGUACAUUUACCUGCAGAGUAACCGCAUCUCCAGUGUUCCUGCUUCAGCAUUUGAAAACACUCCGAACAUCAAAGGCAUCUUCCUCCGGUUUAACCGCCUGUCUGUGGACGCAGUGGAUGAGAGCUCUUUCGCACAUCUGUCCAACUUGCAAGUGCUGGACAUCGGCACAGGAAACACCGACCUCCCCUUUAAAAAAGAGGAGAUGGAGCAGGAAACAUAAAACGCACUAAACUGAACUGACAUUGGACUGCAUUGUGUAAAGGACAGAAAGGGCUUUUAAAUGGAAAUGAACCUGUGAAUGUCAUUUCCCAGGUCCAUUAUUGUAUUGAGUGGCAUAUUUCUGGUGCAGGAUACCGGAUGAAGUUACUUUAGUUUCCUUUUUUUGGGCUGGUUAGCAUAUCUUUAUAUCUGAGCUUUAAAUAUUUGUUUUGGACUGUUGUCAUGCAAAAUCUGUCAUCUAACUGUGUUUUUGUGCUUCCAAAAAACAUAUAUCCACAGAAAUCAAUGUGAAUUUCCCCGUGUAAAUGUUUCAGAAUCAAUACCAACAAUUAAGCAGAGUGAAAAAGGACAUGUUGUCCACACUGUGUGCGUCUUUCUCUGCUCCAUGUCAUUUUGUCGAUGGCUGCCUUUUUUCUCAAGCUUAACAAAGGUGAUUUUACCAGAAAUACUGUGAAACAAUUUGAAAUUUUAACACCAAAGGUUGCAAGAUAAGCAGUUUGCCACUAAAACCAACAAAGCCUCAGUAAUCUCAAACUGUGGAAUGAAACACUGCAAGUACUCUCAAAUAGGUCUGCAAUUCAGUGUCAUUAUAGAUCAAUCUAUCACUUAUUUUUUCAACUAAUGGAUUAAUUUGUCUAUAAAAUGUCAGUAUUAACUAAAGCUCAACACAAGCCUGACGCAUUUUUUAAAAAUUGGAUAAUUUGUUGGAUCAGCAAUUGGAAAAUCUCAUUUUAUUUAUAUUGAUUAAAAAUGAAUAGAAGAAUAAAACCACUGAAAAGCUUUUAAGUUACAGUCCUUAAAGGGACAGUUCACCCCAAAGAUAAAUACACAUAUUUUUUCCUCUUAUUCCUCUUAGAUGUCUGCCUUCUCUCCAGUAUAAUGGAACUAGAUGACACUCAGCUUGUGGUGCUCAAAGCGCCCAAAAAAUACUUUUGAAAAACUCAACAGCAAUGUCUCUUUCCAGAAAUAAUGACCCAAUUACUCAAGAUAAUCGACAGAUCUUGUUGUGAGCAGCUUCAUGUAGGAACUAUUGUCUUUCUACUGCACUACACCCUCUGACAAUAUCAUUGUACAGAAGGAAGUGUGCAUCUACUCAUGGAUGAGAGGUUCAUGCUCGUGACAGCACGAGAUGUAAACAUUAAUGGUGUCCUCCUAAGCUGAGCUGUAAUGUUAGCUAGCUCAGUGGUGCUAUCUCAAAUGUAAGUUUUGGUGCUUUGAGCACCACAAGACGAGCAACGUAUUCUUGCAUUCUAUAACAGUUCCAGUGAUAUCCUAUGAAUUAGCCCCUACAGAUGACAUCACAUUCUUAACGUAAAGCUACAUAAAUAAGGUUAAGUUAUGGAGGUUAAGUUUAGGACAAGAAACAUGUUGAGGAUGUACCGUAAAGUUCACAAAAAGUCCAGCGUCCCAACUUGCAUCCUUACAAGACUGCUUGGUCCUGCUUCCUUGUUUACUCCCAUCAGCGCAUUGGUCACAUGAUUGCAGGCUUUUAAGAUAUGUGGAAUUGUGAUGUGAUUUAGGUCCAUUACAUUGGACAGAAUAUUCCCCCAGUAUCCUCAACACUCAGCAGCUGACAAUCUAGAUCUAUAGAUGACAUUACAGGUAAGAGAAAAAAUCUAUAUUUUUGAUUUGAGGGGUGAGCUGUCCCUUUAAACAUUUAAGACAUCAAGCCCCGUUUUAGAAACGAUGUAUAGCCUGCAGUUCUAGCAUUAGCCACUCCCUGUAUUUGCAGUCUGUAAUUGAGUUAGUAGGCACAGUAGCAGUUUUUAUUGUUGCUGGCGCAGUAUGCUUAUUGGAAUACAAAUUGAGAAUCAAAGCACAAGCAAAACGUACUGGGCACAUCUAGUUGAACAUGAGUUCAAUAUUUCCGUGUUGGUCGACAUUGUCUGUUCUUCCGUGAAAAUUCUAUCAGUCAAUGAUUUUGUUGAGUGCGCUCCAAAAGACAGACAGCAGCCACUCAUGAGUGUCAUUUCCAACAGAAGUCUUGGACGUGUGUUAUUAAAUUGCACUUGUUGGUACCAACAGUUACCACAGCUGUAGUCAAACUGAGGACUGAAAUCUUUAAGGGGACCUUUUAUUCUUUUCCUUAUUUUCUGUCAUAUCCUCCUGAGACCCUGUGUCCUCAUAUGAGGACAUCACAUUUUGGAUUUAAUGGACCCUCUACUUCAUUCUGCUUAACUUAUACCUGUUGUCCUCCUUUGUGGACACUUUUUUUGUGCCACUUAGUGGUAAUAAGACAACACUACACUAAUCCAUGUAAAAACAAAAUGGCAGCCAUCUCUGCCAAGUCAGUCUGCAGCCGAUCUCAACACGAAAGUGGAGAAUGUACAAAACCUGAUCACAUUUUAUGGUUGAAACUUUUUUAUCUAUGAUAAAUAAUGUUUGUAGUUUGAUAUGCCAUACAAAUUUGACACUGUUAAUUAGAAAGUACUCGUUUAAAGACACUAGGAAUUUAUCAUCAUCUUCUUUGAAGGACAUUAGGACGUUAUUCUUAUCUUGUUUGGGGACAUUGGGUCUUUAUUUUCGUUGACAAUGUUUAGUUUUUUUUAAUACAUAUUAUAGUGUAGAUGACCUGGAAUAAACUUAUUAUCCUGAUGUGACUUCAGCUAAAUGAUCUGGCAUGAUUCUGGCUGAAUUUGGUCAUGUGAGGAGAAGCAAUUGUUCUCGGAGCUGGUUGUCUGAAUAACAGGAAAACAGUAGCUUAAGUGACAGGAAACACCCUUAAAUGUGUAUUAGCUGUAAAGCUGUAGGUGUGUCAAUUAAUACUGCUUGUUUGUCGGACACUAUAAAUUGUCAUAAUGUACCAAAUCAGGUCCAACUAAUCCAACAUCGCUUGGAGAAAUUUAAAAAUGCAUACAUGUCCAUAUUAAACAUUGCCAAAAUUUAAAAAAAAAAAUUGAGAUAAACAUAUGCAAUGGUAAUCCCUGUGAACAAAAACCUCAGGCAAACCUCAGACCAUUCUGAUUAUUCAGAUUCCUCCGUUUUUUUCUACUUUGGCUACAUCAUGAUGUAAGAUUGUGAUGGAUUUCUUUAUAUGGUCAUCUGCUCCAGGCACGCCACUGCACAUAUUUUCUUUCUAUACACUGCUACAUUUAGCUACAUGCUAACGUCAGGGAAACAUAAUAUCUUCUGAUCAAUUUUGCCUUCAUUUUGAAUUAUACCUGCUGGAACAUGUUCACUUGCGUUUACAAGCUCUUAUUGGUGGUUUUUAAGGGGGAAAAAAAUGCAGCAAUACUCCUUUACAGCCGUUCCUCAGCUGCAGUGAUAGCGCAGAGAUGCCAAAAUAGGGAAGACUUGGAAAUGCUGUCCAAUCAGAGCAGACUGGGCUCAAAAAGAUAGGUGCGAAAACGGAGCAUUUUAGGCAGAGGGUGAAUAUACGUGCUCCAGCACAGACAGCAUGAGGAAAAUAAAUUGUUUUUUGAACAUUAAAGCAUGUUUAUAUGUUCUAGUAGAUACCCAGUGUGUGAAUAUCCGCAGUGUGGGAUUAAUAAAGUCUUAUCUUGAUAAAGUCUCAUCUUAAAAUAGAGGUAUGAACCUAAAAAUAAGCAUAACAGGUCCCCUAUAAGGAUUCAGUCAAAAUUCAGAAUCAAAAUGAUCUCAUAUAAAUUUUCUUUUAGACGACUAUUUGAAUUGAGGGUACUGGAAUCAUUGAGGAGGUGGUUAAAGUGGCAGAUAUACAGCCAGUGAGAAACUGGAGCGACAGCAAUAAUCGUGAAAUAUCAGUAGUUCACUUACAGUGUGGAUGAUUGUGGAUGUCAUCAUCAUUUUAUGUUUUUUCCUUUUUAUGCCUGUGAAUGAAAUAUUCCCAACAUAAAAGCAAUUUCAACAUAUCUCAAAGCUUCGAUCCAUGCUGCUGCUACUUCAGUCCAUUUCUGUUUGUUUAUGUUUUUUUCUCAAAGAUAGCAAGUAUUUUUAUAUGAUAUGGAAAAUACUCAUCCUAUUACACUCACCAUAUGUCUAUGAAUACAGUGUCACUUGCACAUAGAGCAGUACAGUAUUGUCACAUAUACAGUCACAGCAAUAAAUUAUUUGAAAAGGC